GGCCCAGGUGCCCCCCACGACGCUCGCGACCCCUGGAGCCGCCGUCGCCGUGGCCUUCUUUCCUGGCGGCGCCGCUCGACCAGUCAUCGCCGCCGCCCAUCGACACGAGGUCUUCGUCUUCCGGCGAAGAGCGCUCCCCCACCGGAUCGGAAGGAUGAGGAAGGGACUGCAUCCUCAGAUGCAAUGGAUUUCUUAUGUGACACAGAGUGGUAGGCUGAUCAAUAUCAUGAUGACCAAGGUGAACCAUACUGGCAAAGUGUACCACAUGAGGGCCAAACGUCAAAUGGCUCAGAGCCUUGGUCAGAUUGCGAAGUUCAAACGCCGAUACGAGCAGGAAGCAGAGGAAAACAAGGAAAAGUAGGAUGGUGAUUGAAAGGAGGUAUAGUCUCUGUAACCUUAAGCACUUUUGUUGACUGAAAGUUUUUAGUUAAGGAACUUUGCUCAUGGAAUUGUAUUUUCGAUGGAAUUUUCCUAUGCUUCCAUCACUGUUGGGUUUUAACCCAAUGUAGUGGUUUCUUCUCUUUCGUUAUGAAUGCCUGUCUGGCUGCCCUGACUCUUGAGCAAACUAGUACUUACUAUUCUGCCUUAAAGGCUCAAGAAAAUCAUCGAUGGAUUAAUUUCUGAUCUCACCUUUGAGAUUCA